GUAUUGUGUCGCUCAUCUCUCUGGUGAUCCUAUCCUACGACCGCUACAGCACUCUGACUGUUUACAACAAGCGUGGGCCAGACUACCGAAAGCCCCUGCUGGCCGUUGGGGGCGCCUGGCUGUACUCCUUGUUCUGGACGGUGCCCCCUCUGCUGGGAUGGAGCAGCUACGGCAUCGAGGGGGCGGGAACCAGCUGCUCCGUGUCCUGGACCGUCAAAACGGCCCAGUCGCAUGCUUACAUCAUCUGCCUGUUCACUUUCUGCCUGGGCCUACCCAUACUGGUGAUGCUCUACUGCUACAGCAGGCUGUUAUGGGCAGUCAAACAGGUGGGUAAGAUUAGAAAGUCGGCAGCGCGGAGGAGAGAGUACCACAUCCUGUUUAUGGUUCUGACCACAGCGGCCUGCUACAUGCUGUGCUGGAUGCCGUACGGCGUGGUGGCCAUGAUGGCAACAUUCGGCCCCCCAAACAUCAUCAGUCCUGUGGCCAGCGUGGUGCCCUCGCUGCUGGCCAAGAGCAGCACCGUCAUCAACCCCCUCAUCUACAUUCUCAUGAACAAACAGUUCUACAGGUGUUUCCUGUCUCUGUUUCACUGCAAUCGCCGGCCUGCGGAUCAGGGCAACACGUCGAUGCCCUCGAAGACCACGGUGAUGCAGCUGAACCGCAGAGUGUACAGCAACACGGUGGCCUGCACCCCCGAGGUCACAAAGGGACCAGAAAGCAGACAGACAUGAUGAAACAGAAAGGACUAAGCUUGAUAAGCCACACUUGAGACGUGAACUGCCAGGGAAUGUGAACCGAAGCAUGAUUCAUCGAGAAAGUAAAUGUACUUUACGUGUGAGUUUGUGUUUGUCCAUGAGUUUUGUAAAAAAACACAAAAAGUAUUAAAUACACUGAAGACACAAAGCUAUGCGACCACUUCAACAUCAACACCUUCAAGAGAUUGGUGAACAUCUCAUUCCUAAACAUUGAUGACUAUCUUGCAUGGUGUUUGCUGACUUUACUCACAGUGUGUGAGCUUCAAAUGUAUCCCAACAAGUGUUUGAAAGGUUAUAAUCAGGGCACUCUCCAACAAACUCUGAAAAACAAAGUCUUUAUUGUUCUUGCUUUGUUGAAACAGGCCCGAAUAUUCCCAAAAAUGCACAGUAUUGUAUUUCAAAGUAUUGUGCAUGACUGGAUUUGGAUCCUACUUCAGGCCAUAUAGAUUAUUAUUAACGCAAGAGCACAAUUACAUUGAGGAUAAAAUCAUUUUAGAAUAAUAGUCUUACAAUGAAGUCAACUAAAAACGUAACCAUUUCAAAUAAUAAAUAAAAAUAACUUCCAAAAUAUACUUUAUGUUUUAUUUCUUCUCCCCUCAGCCAGAACAAAAACCUAGUGCCUAUUCUCUGUUGCUGUGCAGUCUGUUAGUCAUUGUGCUGGCUAGAGUUGUGCUUCUUCAAUGUCUUAAAUGGAUUGAUGUAUUCAUUAUCAAACAUCUUUUCUUCCUCUUUACUCCAGCUUGUCUCUCGCACAAAGAUCUUACAUUUAAGUGUCAACCUGUAUAUACUAAAACGUAUGAUUUUAAUCUGCAUGGUGCAAUCUGGUGCAAUCUGCAUCAGUUUUUAUUUCUGCUAUAGGGAUUCCUCUCUUGCUGUAGUGGUUUUGUGUCAUGGCAUGAUUUUGUUGCAUGUUACUUGCAUGCAAUUCUAAAUUGAUAACGCAUAGUGCAAACUGUUAUUUCCACCUGUAUUAUGACACAGGACUGACAGCUUAGGUCACACCUGUAGUCUCACUCACUGAGUAAAAGGUUUGACAAAGAGAGGAGGUUUCAAUCAUUGAGCUUUUGUACUUUAAUGUUCAAAAAGCUCUUUAUUUUUCUCAUGGUGCUGCAUCACCUCUUUUCACCCUCUGUCUGAAACCAGAG